AUGGGCCACUUUGGCGCCGCGGUCAAGAAUGACACAACGUUUGACGGCAACAUGACCUCUCUCGGCGAUGAAAUCAGCAAGCUCGCGGCGGGCGUUUAUCGCCUCUCCUACGACGUUCGAAUGGGCAUCUGGCGUGCCUUUCGUCCCGGCGAGGCCUCCGACGCGCUGACGCCGACCUAUCCUGGCACCUGUCCCUCGGCCAUUAGAUCUGUCCGCUUCUCGGAACUGACGACGUUUCACGGUCUGACGCCGUCGUUGGACCUGCAGCCCGAGACGACGAGGUCCUGUGCUGUAACCGCGAGCAUUACGCACGAGAUCCAAGCGUGCGCCGCGACGGUGGGCGAGGUGCAGGAGAUCAGUCUUUCGAGCAGGAUGUAG